UUCAGCCACCAGUAACCGGCUGCGAUGGAUAAACGAUACCGAUCUUCCCAAGACGCUUCAAACUUUGGAUUUGCGUGCAAAUCCCAUAUCACAAAUUAUGCCAGGGGCAUUAAAAGGCAUGGCGAAGUUAAGGAAAUUGAUCCUCUCGGAUGUACGUUUCCUAAAAAUAUUUCCCGAUUUAGAGGGUAGCUAUUCGUUGGAGAUAUUGAAAUUGGAUCGAGCUGGUAUUGUGGAAGUACCAGGAAAUUUAUGCCAUCAAACACCAAGACUGAGAAGUUUAGAGCUAAAAACCAAUUCCAUACGAACCAUUCCCACAUUAGCACAUUGCAGAGAAUUGAGACUGUUAGAUUUAUCAAGCAACCUUAUAGACAAUUUACAAGGACGUCCAUUCCAAGGCUUAAAACAAUUACAUGAUUUAUUAUUAUCAUAUAAUCACAUCAAAACAAUACCUCAUGAUGCCUUUCAGGGCAUAGCCAAAUUACAAUUAUUAGACCUAGAAGGUAAUCAAAUAUCGUAUAUCCACAAAGAUGCCUUUGUGGGUUUCUCCUCGCUGGAGGAUUUGAAUUUGGGCAACAACAUCUUUCCCGAACUGCCAUCGAAUGGCCUGCAAAGGCUGUUGCAUCUGAAAACCUUUAAUAAUCCAAAAUUACGUGAUUUCCCUUCGCCGGAAACAUUUCCUCGUAUUCAAACGUUGAUCUUGUCCUAUGCUUAUCAUUGUUGUCCCUUUAUACCUUUGGUGGCAAUGUCGGCAAGUAAGAAGCCUCCACUGGUGCAGGAGGCUGUACUAUUUCCCUCCGAUGCAGAAUUUGAUAUGAGCCUGUGGAAUAAUAGUAUGAUGGAUAUAUGGCCACAAUUGCAACAAGACAAUUUAUACAAUUAA